AUGUUAAAGCUUGUCUUCAUUCUGUCACAUUUUGUAGGAUCUCGUCUUCGCCAGGAAGACUUUCCCCCGCGGAUCGUGGAGCACCCUUCCGAUGUCAUUGUCUCUAAGGGAGAGCCCACCACGUUGAACUGCAAGGCCGAGGGCCGGCCAACGCCCACCAUUGAGUGGUACAAGGAUGGCGAGCGGGUGGAGACUGACAAGGAUGAUCCCCGGUCCCACAGGAUGCUUCUGCCCAGCGGUUCCCUAUUCUUCUUGCGCAUUGUGCAUGGGCGCAGAAGUAAACCUGAUGAAGGAAGCUACGUGUGUGUUGCAAGGAACUAUCUUGGUGAAGCAGUGAGUCGAAAUGCAUCUCUGGAAGUGGCAUUGUUACGAGAUGACUUCCGGCAAAAUCCCACAGAUGUUGUAGUGGCAGCCGGAGAGCCUGCAAUCCUGGAGUGCCAACCUCCCCGGGGACACCCAGAACCCACCAUCUACUGGAAAAAAGAUAAAAUUCGAAUUGAUGACAAGGAAGAAAGAAUAAGUAUCCGUGGUGGAAAACUAAUGAUCUCCAAUACCAGGAAAAGUGAUGCAGGGAUGUAUACCUGUGUUGGCACCAAUAUGGUGGGAGAAAGAGACAGUGAUCCAGCAGAGCUGACUGUCUUUGAACGACCCGCAUUUCUCAGGAGGCCAAUUAACCAGGUGGUACUGGAGGAAGAAGCUGUAGAGUUUCGUUGUCAGGUCCAAGGAGAUCCUCAACCAACUGUGAGGUGGAAAAAGGAUGACGCAGACUUGCCAAGAGGAAGGUAUGACAUCAGAGAUGAUUACACACUGAGAAUUAAAAAGGCCAUGAGUACAGAUGAAGGCACAUAUAUGUGUAUUGCUGAGAAUCGGGUUGGAAAGGUGGAAGCUUCUGCUACCCUCACAGUCCGAGCUCGCCCUGUUGCUCCUCCACAGUUUGUGGUUAGGCCAAGAGAUCAGAUUGUUGCUCAAGGUCGUACAGUGACAUUUCCCUGUGAAACUAAAGGAAACCCACAGCCAGCAGUUUUUUGGCAAAAAGAAGGCAGCCAGAACCUGCUUUUCCCAAAUCAACCCCAACAGGCCAACAGCAGAUGUUCUGUGUCGCCAGCCGGGGACCUUACAAUUACCGACACUCAGCGCUCGGACGCGGGUUACUACAUCUGCCAGGCCCUAACUGUGGCAGGAAGCAUUUUAGCAAAAGCUCAGCUGGAAGUUACUGAUGUUUUGACAGAUAGACCUCCACCUAUAAUUCUACAAGGCCCAGCCAACCAAACGCUAGCAGUAGAUGGUACAGCAUUACUGAAAUGUAAAGCUACUGGUGACCCUCUUCCUGUAAUUAGCUGGCUAAAGGAGGGAUUUACUUUUCUGGGUAGAGAUCCAAGAGCUACUAUACAAGAACAAGGAACCUUGCAGAUUAAGAAUUUACGCAUUUCUGAUACUGGCACUUAUACUUGUGUGGCUACAAGUUCAAGUGGGGAGACUUCCUGGAGUGCUGUGCUGGAUGUGACAGAGUCUGGAGCAACAAUCAGUAAAAAUUAUGAUUUUAAUGACCUGCCUGGACCACCAUCCAAACCACAGGUCACUGAUGUUACUAAGAACAGUGUCACCUUGUCCUGGCAACCAGGUACCCCUGGAACCCUACCAGCAAGUGCAUAUAUCAUUGAGGCUUUCAGCCAAUCAGUGAGCAAUAGCUGGCAGACAGUGGCAAACCACGUAAAGACCACCCUCUAUACAGUGAGAGGACUGCGGCCCAAUACAAUCUAUUUAUUCAUGGUGAGAGCCAUCAACCCCCAAGGUCUCAGUGACCCAAGUGCUAUGUCAGAUCCUGUGCGCACACAAGAUAUCAGCCCACCAGCACAGGGAGUGGACCACAGACAAGUCCAGAAAGAACUCGGCGACGUCCUUGUCCAUCUUCAUACUCCGGUUGUAUUGACUCCCACCACUGUUCAAGUCACAUGGACGGUUGAUCGCCAACCCCAGUUUAUUCAAGGCUACCGAGUGAUGUACCGUCAGACUUCAGGCCUGCAGGCUACAUCAACAUGGCAGAAUUUAGAUGCUAAAGUCCCGACUGAGCGAAGUGCUGUCUUAGUCAAUCUGAAAAAGGGGGUGACGUAUGAAAUUAAAGUUCGACCAUAUUUUAAUGAGUUCCAAGGAAUGGAUAGUGAGUCUAAAACAGUUCGUACUACUGAAGAAGCCCCAAGUGCCCCACCACAGUCUGUCACUGUGCUGACUGUUGGAAGCCACAAUAGCACAAGUAUUAGUGUUUCCUGGGAUCCUCCUCCCCCUGACCAUCAGAAUGGAAUUAUCCAAGAAUACAAGAUCUGGUGUCUGGGGAAUGAAACACGAUUCCACAUCAACAAAACUGUGGAUGCAGCCAUUCGAUCUGUAAUAAUUGGUGGAUUAUUCCCAGGGAUUCAAUACCGGGUAGAGGUUGCAGCUAGUACCAGUGCAGGAGUUGGAGUAAAAAGUGAGCCACAGCCAAUAAUAAUUGGGGGAAGGAAUGAAGUUGUCAUUACUGAAAACAAUAACAGCAUAACUGAGCAAAUCACUGAUGUUGUGAAGCAACCAGCUUUUAUAGCUGGUAUUGGUGGUGCCUGCUGGGUAAUUCUGAUGGGUUUUAGCAUCUGGUUGUAUUGGCGAAGAAAGAAGAGAAAGGGACUCAGUAAUUAUGCUGUUACAUUUCAAAGAGGAGAUGGAGGACUAAUGAGCAAUGGAAGCCGCCCAGGUCUUCUAAAUGCUGGUGAUCCCAGUUAUCCAUGGCUUGCUGAUUCAUGGCCAGCCACGAGCUUGCCAGUAAACAACAGCAAUAGUGGCCCAAAUGAGAUUGCGAAUUUUGGGCGUGGAGAUGUGCUGCCACCAGUUCCAGGCCAAGGGGAUAAAACGGCAACGAUGCUCUCAGAUGGAGCCAUUUAUAGCAGCAUUGACUUCACGACCAAAACCACUUACAACAGUUCCAGCCAAAUAACACAGGCUACUCCAUAUGCCACUACACAGAUAUUGCAUUCCAAUAGCAUACAUGAAUUGGCUGUUGAUCUGCCUGAUCCACAGUGGAAAAGCUCAAUUCAGCAAAAAACAGAUCUGAUGGGAUUUGGUUAUUCUCUACCUGAUCAGAACAAAGGUAACAAUGCCUUACUUUACAUCCCUGACUACCGAUUGGCUGAGGGAUUGUCUAAUAGAAUGCCACACAACCAGUCACAGGAUUUCAGCACCACCAGCUCUCACAACAGCUCAGAGAGGAGUGGCAGUCUCUCAGGUGGGAAAGGUGGAAAAAAGAAGAAAAAUAAAAACUCUUCUAAAGCACAGAAAAACAAUGGAUCAACCUGGGCCAAUGUUCCGCUACCUCCUCCCCCAGUCCAGCCCCUUCCUGGUACAGAGCUGGAACACUAUGCAGUGGAACUGCAAGAAAAUGGCUAUGACAGUGAUAGCUGGUGCCCACCAUUACCAGUACAAACUUAUUUACACCAGGGUAUGGAAGAUGAACUGGAAGAAGAUGAUGAUCGUGUCCCAACACCUCCUGUCCGAGGCGUGGCUUCUUCCCCUGCCAUUUCCUUUGGACAGCAGUCCACUGCAACUCUAACUCCCUCCCCACGGGAAGAGAUGCAGCCCAUGCUGCAGGCUCACCUGGAUGAGUUGACAAGGGCCUAUCAGUUUGAUAUAGCAAAGCAAACAUGGCAUGUUCAAAGCAAUAAUCAACCUCCGCAGCCCCCGGUUCCACCAUUAGGUUACAUGUCCGGAGCUUUGAUUUCCGAUUUGGAAACAGAUGUUCCAGAUGAUGAUGCUGAUGAUGAAGAGGAAGCUUUAGAAAUCCCCAGGCCCCUGAGAGCACUAGAACAGACGCCCGGAUCCAGUACGGACAAUCUAGACAGCUCUGUGACAGGCAAAGCCUUUACCUCCUCUCAAAGACCUCGACCAACCAGCCCAUUUUCUACUGACAGUAACACCAGUGCAGCCAUGAGUCAAAGUCAGAGGCCUCGGCCCACUAAAAAACACAAGGGAGGGCGAGUGGACCCACAACCAGCAUUGCCUCACCGAAGGGAAGGAAUGACAGAUGAUCUUCCACCACCACCAGAUCCCCCUCCUGGUCAGGGUUUAAGGCAGCAAAUAGGCCUGAGCCAGCAUGCUGGUAACGUGGAAAACUCAACAGAGAGAAAAGGAAGCUCUCUGGAGAGACAGCAAGCAUCCAACUUAGAAGACACAAAGAGCUCUUUGGAUUGUCCAGCUAAAACAUCCCUAGAGUGGCAGCGACAAACCCAGGAAUGGAUAAACUCCACAGAACGCCAAGAAGACAUACGGAAAGCCCUCCACAAACAAGGUGUUGGACCAGAGGAGACCUUGGUGCCCUACAGCAAGCCCAGUUUCCCAUCUCCAGGGGGUCACAGCUCAUCAGGAACGGCUUCUUCUAAGGGAUCCACUGGACCUAGGAAAGCCGAGGCAUUGAGGGGAAGCCACCAGCGCAAUGCCAGCGACCUUCUUGACAUAGGAUAUAUGGGCUCAAAUAGUCAAGGACAGUUUACAGGUGAAUUAUGUAAGUGCUUUAGGACGUUUAAAAGGCUACGGUGA